GUUAUCAGGAGCAGGAAACGAGCUGGAAGAGCGAGCGAGUACAGAGGCUAUUCCAGGCUACCGAAGGAAGGCGGAGGCGGAAGGGGACCAUUUUAAAUCAUUUUUUCCCCUUGGCAAUAGUGAGAUCGCCCUUUCCCCUUUAUUUUUGGCCACGGGGAGGUGUGGCAAAGCUGCCUUAGGCCACAAAAGGUGAAGCCACCACGUGGGAUGCGUUAUGGUGUUGCCAGUCUGACGGCGGCACAUUUUGUGGUGUGAGACGGGGGGAGGGGAAUAGGAGAGGGCCGCUGGAAAUCGAGGAGCGAUAAGAGCCCGAGGAAGCAACAGCAAAAGAGGAAGAAAAGCACCGGAGAGGCUUCUUCCCCCCCCCCCCCCGCGCACCCAUCUCCUGCAAGCACCUCCCCAAAACAGCCACUUCCAUGGUCUACAGCUGCUAGCGAUGGAUUUUCUUUGUCAAGCAAACUGGGAAGUGAUAUUUGGCCAUGCAUUGAUAUUUCCUGCUAAAUGCUCACUCCUUCCAGACUGUGUCAUGGACUCCAUGUUUGAGGAUGACAUCAGCAUUCUUACCCAAGAUGCCUUGGUGCAGGAUGAUGAAUGGUUGGACAGUCCGAACACCGACCUCUCCAGUGAGAUGUGUUCUGCCUCUCACUUUGCUUUCAUCACAGCAUAUGAUGACAUCAAGAAUCGCUUGACAGGGCUAGAGCGGGAGAACUCUAACCUCAAACGGAAGCUAAAGAUGUAUGAAAUCAAGUUUCCAUUGAUCAGUGACUUUGGAGAAGAACGUAUGUUCCCAGGUUAUGAAUCCAAGGAGACUUCUCUUCUGAAGAGCGAGAAAGCCAACCUCCAGCAGCAGUUGAAUCAGUUCCAGCGUGAGUUGCAGAAAAGCAAGGAAAGGGAAGAACAGAUGGACGAGAUGAUCCAAGCCUAUGAGAAGCUGUGUAUGGAGAAAACGGACCUUGAGUCAGAGCUGGGCCAAAUGAGAGCACUUGUUGAUACGCAUUUGAAUCGCAUUCGGAGUUUGGAACAGCAGUUAAGGCAGAGAGAUGGCAACACUUUCCAAAAUCUCAACUCUCAACUUCAAAAUCAAGAAGUUCAGUUCCGAUCACUUCAUGGCACUCAUGUACUGGAUCGCUCAAUGAACUGGCCGAGCUCACGGAGCCUGGAACAGGCAGAAGCCUUGGAGGUCCAAAGGCUGGAAGUGGAGCUUGAGAAGUCAAGGCAGGAAAUCCAGAAUUGUCAGCACCGGGAAGAACAGUUGAAGACUGAAUGUGAAAGGCUGCAGGCAGAGGUGAAGCAGCUGCAGGACACCAGGGCUCAGGAUCUCGCAGCUAGUCAGUCGCAAAGGGAUAUGGCAUGGGUGAAGAAGGUUGGAGAUGACCAAGUAAACUUAGCCCUGGCCUACACAGAACUCACUGAAGAGCUAUGCCGCCUAAGAAACCUGACUUCUCUUCAAAGUCAGAUCCUCCGAACUCUUAUGCAGGAGCAGGUCAUGAAUGGUCAGCGGCAUUCUCCCCAUUCCCAGCGCCAUUCUCCUGCCCAGCAACGUGGUUCUCCAGCUCCUCAAUGCACGUCUCCAGCUCAACAAGGAAGGCCUUCUGCUCCUCAAAGCCAAUCUCCAGCCCUACAGAGGCGUUCCCCAGGCCCACCUGGUCAAUCCCCUGCACAUCAACGUCGUUCUCCAGCCCCCCCUCCUUGCCAGUCUCCUGUUAGCCAGCGGCGUUCACCAGCUCCACUACCCAACCAGUCUCCUGCCCAGCAGCGCUGCUCACCAGUCCAAAAUUGUUCAUCACCUGCCAUGACUUCACAACAUAGAUCUCCAGGGGCUGACAGAAACAUUAUGGAUCUGGGCUAUUCUAAGCCCUCCAGUCAUCACAUCAAAGCAAGCUUCCAAGGUCGUCGAAGCUACUCGGAGGUGAGCGACGCUGCUCUGUAUCAACAGAACCGUUCUCUCUGGCUGCAGCCAGAAAUAUCCACCUUACCAAAGCAUCGUCCCUACUGCGAGGUUUAUGCCAGAGACAACUUCGAAGAGCACUUGCGCUUUGAGAAGCAGUCCUCGGAUGAAGACGACUGGGCCCUCCCAAGCCCCCCCAGCCCUGAAGUAGGGGGUAUCCGCUGCGCCUCCUUCUGUGCAGGGUUCCCCAUUCCCGACACCUCCAUGCACCGGAUUGAUGCAUCGUACUCCAGGGCUGAGCAUGCUCAGUCCUGGCCCUCAAUCAAUUUGCUGAUGGAAACAGUAGACUCUGACAUCCGAAGCUGCCCUCUCUGCCAGGUGGCCUUUCCCAUCGGUUAUCCAGACGAUGCUUUGAUAAAACACAUUGAUUCACACCUGGAGAACAGUAAGAUCUGAGGUCUGUUCCACCGUUGUUCCUCUUCUGGCUUCCUUAAAGAGAUUGCCCACCUCAUACCCACCCCACCUUUCUUGGAUGCUGCAUGAAAAGUGGAGGCACCACAAGGGGCUCUUUUCUCUCUAAAAUACCUCCAAGUUUCCAUUAGACUGAACAUUUUUGCCUCUCCCUUGUCUUCUUUGCCUUGGUUUUUAAAGUGAGUUGCCUCUCCUUACUGCUCUUUAUGGGCAGGACCUGCAAUAUUUCUCCAGUGCUUCAACCAGCCACAAAGGUGGGGAAAGGAAUGAGAAAUAUGCUGGAAUUAGGCUUAGCAGGGCAUAGUCACCUUCACCACCUGAUUGCUCAGUACUGAGGUUGCUACUGGUGUUGGUGAAACUCUAUCUACAUGGUUCAGUUUUGAUGUCUGAAAGAUCUCAGGGUAGGAUGGGUAAAAAGAUUACCCAAGUUUGCGUGUUUUGGGGUGGGGUAGGAGAACAGGUUAAUGAACUCCAACCUACUGAAGGCACAACAAAUCACAAAGUUUUUGUACGUGCCUGUUUUACACAGGGAUAUCCAAGUGGGUCAGAUUUCUCUGCCUCUUAUGCUACUACAAAGGGUAUUUGGGGGUUGGUCGUUUAACAGAUGUAAAAAACCUUGGCCUCCAAUUGCUGGUACAAGUGUCUUUGUGUUGGUCUUUUACAUUAAAAGUCCACUUUUAGCAAUGCUGCUGAGAAAUAGAGCCAACUUCCAAAAGUGUAGCAUGGACGUUCUUAUGUUAUUGCACUGAAUAAUAAGCUUUUUUUUUCCACAAAAGAAGCUCCUCUUUUUGUCUGUGUUGGCUUCUUGUGAGUCGUUCUGGAGGACUUGUAAACUGCACACUUAGGUAGAAGCCCAGAAAGCAUUCCCAUAUUUUGGCGACUGUUUUACACAUUUUUCACCACUUCACAUCUUGCUUUAGAUAGCUCUUAUAUAAUAACUGUAGCUGCACAUUUUGCCUCAUUAUUCUCUUGCAAUGGCAGCAUGUUAACAUUAUUGGGGUAACAGUGUAAAUGUAAACAUCUUCCCAUAUUUAACACCACUGUAUUUCUCUCUCUCUCUCUCUCUCUCUCUCUUUCUCUGGCCUUACUGAACCUAUAUUUUAGUAUACUGUUCUAAGAUAAGGGUCACGUACAGAUGUACGGUACCUCUGUAUUGUGAGGAUGGUCUCCUUGAAACAGCCUAUCUAUACAUCAGGCUUUAUUUUUAAAAAAAGGGGAGAAGGGGAGAAGAGUUGCAUGGAUUUUCUUCUUCUUCUUCUUGAGACAACUGUCUUCCUAUCUCCAGGUUCUAUUAACAAAUGUAUGUGUUAAGAUCUACAGCCUGCCUUAUCCCAAUGUCUCAGACUGCCAAUGGGCAAUAGGCAUGAGUCCUUGGGGCUUAUAAUCUUCCCCCCCCACUGCAAACUAAGAGAAAAUUUGAAUUUUAGAAGUAAAUAGCAGAAUAGGAACUUCAUUUCUCUAGCUCCAUCUUUUUGGCCACAUAAAGCCAGUUGGAACCAGUGUUUCUAAGACUUAAAGCAACCUCCCCCAGCCAGAUAUCUCCAUCUGGGCUGAAUUUCAUUCUGAUCAUCCUAAUGUCCAUGAUGCUGAGAAAUGACUAAUCCAGUGGAUCUGGGGGAGGCACUGGGUUAAGGGAGACCAACAAGAAUCUUAACAUUUUUUUCUUCCCAUCUUUGUCUGGUCAAGAUUACAAAUCACCACAUUCCCCUGCCCUUGUCUUUAGUCAGAUUUUAACUCUCUGAUCUAUAUGUGUCAAUAUUACGCCUAUCCUUUAUUUAAAUUCUCCCCUUGCUGAGGGAGAAACGAAAUUGCAGGAGAAUCAGGUCUUCAUACCUUCCCUGCUGUUAUACCACUGUCAUACAAGAAGAGGUCAGGGAUUACAUUUUUUAAAAAAGCCUACAGCAGAAAAGGUGCUGAACUCCUGUGAACUUCAGUUACCCUGCUUGCUUGGGUAUUUUUUAAUCUAACCUGUUUUUUUCAAUUUCAGAGGCCAUAGAAAUACAACUGUGGGGUGAAACAAACCUUUCUAGCAAUGGAAAUAGGCCACAUAUUAUACAAACAAUUAAGUGGAUUCAGCAUUUAUAUAUACACGGAGAGAAACUUCCAAUACUUACAUUGCAUUCACACUAAUUUGGUUCAAGGUCCAAGUUUUAGAAAAAUAAUUUGGCAAGAACUUCACACAUAUAAAAAGAAACCUCUUUAUAUGUUGGUUGCAGAAAUCUAAAGGACUGAAUAUUGCUAUGGCACUUUUAACAUUGCCAUAUUGGUCCUCACAGUACUUGGAGCUAAUUUUCUCUGAUUUGACCAAGCUGCACACCAAGUGAAAGUUCUAGUCCAGCAUUAGACCAGUUGGGUGAUUUAGGACCAAUCAUUCUCUCUCAGCUUAACUUACCUUACAGGGUUGAUGUUGUGGUAAAAUAUCGGGAAGAAAGAGUAUUAGAAAUGUUUGAUGCCUUAAAAUAGGAGUGUCAAACUGGCGGCCCAUGGGUUGGAUGUGUCAUGCUCAGGCCAUGCCCACCCCAGCUCCAUGAAGGGGAAAAAAACCACAAUACGUCACAUGAGGGCAACGUGACACAGCGAGUUUGACACCCAUGCUUUAAGUUAUUUAUAAAAAUAAUAAAAAUAGGAUAAGCACGGUAUAGUGGCCUAGUGGGAGGCAAGGCCACGGUAUAGUGGCCUUUCGAGUGGGAGGCAAGCCACUUGCCUCCCACUCGAAAGGUAGAGAGUUCAAUCAUAGGUAGCGGCAGAUGUUUCUCUCCUAGGGUGCUAAGAAAAAAUAUCUGCUGUGAACUUCGUGUAGGCAUCAGGAAAGGCAUCCAGCCAGUAAAUGUUCAACUGCAGGGUUGUAAAAAGAAAAACAUAAAAUAGAGGUGGGAUAAGAAUUCUAAAACUAAAAGAGAACCAAAUGAAAUCCCCUGAAAAUGUGUUAUAGACAAGUAUUAAGAUGGUGCACAGGCAUGCUUCUGUCCCUGUGACUAGAAUAAACUGAAGGGAGGAUCUCAAAAUGCUGAAUCCACAUUGCCCUUUAAUAAAAGAUAUAUUAAGUGAUAAUAGUUUUUCAUCAACUUGGAUUUGGAGAUGGAAUACUGCAAACAUCCAAAAAUUCUAGCUGCUGUGCAACUAUGGGAAAUGAGGGUUUUGUUUUUCUUGGCUUUUCCCUCCUCUUAUUUUUGUGCCUGUGAUCAGGAGAAAUGCACAAGGAAGCAUGUCUUCUGAUCUUUGUUUUGGGAUUGAGGAAGUUGGGUCCCACUAUGCUUCCUGCCUCCCAGUGAAACCUGGAACCAUUUUACAAACUGCCUUUUAUAGAGUUGGAAGAGAUCCUAGAAUACAUCCAAUGUGACCUCCUCCUCAGCGGUGGUUCCACUGAAAUAUAUCUGACAAAUGAUAUCCAGGACAUGUUUGAUGAACUCAAUACUUCAUUGGCUGGUCCACUCCAGUGGCUAGCAACCUACAUGAUCAGAAAUUCUUCUGGAUGCAUAGCCUGAACUUAUUUAUUUGUAGUUUUAACCUUCCGGUCCUAACUCUGGAACAAUAAAAAAUAAUAAUGCCACUCCUUUUAAGAAGCAACUCUUCAGAUAUCUGAAACUGCUAUGAUAUAUCUUCCACAGGAUAAAUUGACAAACAUAUCCAAUCUUUUAAUGAUUGCUCAUAAAGCUUCCUAAGAUGCCAAGGAAAAAAUUCAUCCUCCAUUGAAAAACCUUUUAAAUCCAGUAUUGCAGAACUCAUAAAUGGAAGUUAUAGAUCUAUUUUCCUGGAGGCUUCCAUAGGAGAAUGUCCAGUUGUGUCCACUUUGUCUCUGACCCGCCUGGCAGCCUUUAAUGGGGACCCAUAUCAGCCUUGAAGCUUUAAUUAUCCUUCCCGAUAGACCUGUUUCUGCCGAAGCCUACCUUGGUCACAAACAUUUUAUAAUAAAUGGUUGCUAUGCCUGUCAUAGUUGCCAUACACUUUAAAUUUUUCUUGGUUGCUGUAGCUCUGUACAAGGGCUGAACAGAUUUCUUAAAUCUCUGCAAAUAUUACAAGAAAAUGAAAGAAGCCCUCCUGAGGAAGGCAAUCAGGGCCUGCACCCAUGUUCACAUCAUCAAAUGAAGCAAUUCAAAGAGACCUUGCAUUGGCCGUGAUAUUCUCUAUCACAUAACUCCUGAAAUUAUCAAUAUAAAAUUUUCAUCUGCAUAAGUCACAUGACUUCUACAACUAUGGUUUUCUUUAAAUAGGAAGAGAGCCACUUAAGUGGUACACAUUUGGAAAUGUAUCUUGCAACUUUUCACCUCUCUUCCAUUUUGUUACAUGAAAUCUACCUCAAUGUUUAUGAGAAACAGGAAUGAUUACAAGCAAAAAAUAAUAAUAAUAAUAAUAAUCAACCAACCAACUAACCAAGAAUUGGGGGAGGGUGGGCCUUGAAUUAGGGGAAUGUUUUUAUAAUUUCAUUUUUUUAAAAAAGUCUAUAAACUAUUAAGGGCUCAAUAGCACUCAGAUUGUUCCCCUUGCUCUGAAGCUUCAUAAUCUUUUUUAAAGAUCUCAAGGAGCAGUCAGCAAUGUUAGGGACGAGUGAGAGCCCGAAAUGGAGAUGUAAACAUGGUUCCCACCAAGAUUCUUCACACUUGUUUCUGCUGGUAUAAAAUGGUGGUUAUGCAAUUGACCUGUAUUGCACAAGGUCCCUAGUUUAAAUUUUAUAUUUGUCCUGAAGACAAUAUACUGCUUACAUAAGCUCAAUGAAUAACUAUUGUCACGGUGACAUUUUUCCUAAAUCCCUUGGGGAAAAAGGCUCACCCCUAUAAUCAUGAAAUUGAAAGAAUAUUUCUUCUAUUAAUUAAUACUUUUUCAGGGUAUACAUCCAACAUAAUAUCUAUGGAAUUUACAAUAAGUUAGAUUCUACGUAGUUAGUCAGGAAGUGGUUUCCACAUAUCCAUAGUGGUACAUUCUGGAGUAUUUUACUCUGAUAUAUUAAAUAAAUUACCAAUUAUGUUCUGACGUCAGCUGGAAGUUAAAACUAUCUGUAUAAUAAUUGUUAGGUUGAUUGAUGGCUGUUAGCUGUAAUACUUAAGUGAAACGGUCUUAAAGGCAGGAUGCUGCUAAAUGCCAAUUUUUGGUACAGGAAGCUAUUGUUGUGAUGUCCUGCUAAUUUCCCCCCCAAAACCUCAGAUAAUCCACUCAGUUAAGAGUGUGCUGGAUACAUAUAAUUUUUAUUCUGAAGAAGCAGGCCAGCCCUCAUGUUCCUAAACUAAUGUUAUGAGACACUGACAAAUUAAUAUAAUGCUAAGUUUACAUCUCAUACUAAACUAUAGUGUGGUUUGCUUUUGAGUAAGGGCAAUAUGAAGCUGCCAAUUGUGGCUUAGUACUAUGUGUGAGCUAGGCUAUAUCUUAUUCAACAAGUCGUCAUAAAAAUAUCUUGGUUUGGCAUAAUAGGCAAAUUCAGCCAUGAUGUUAAUCCUUAACUUUCUUAUUGUCAGUCAGCAUGGUAAGUAUCAGAUAACUUAUUUCACUUUCUCAAAGUGCAUGUUUAAAAUAUUUUUCUUUACGUUCCCUACUGAUGUCCUUUUUUUUGAAAUUAACUAUCAAAGGAUUUCCACAAACAUUAAUGUAGACUAGAGUCUCCAUUCCAAUGUAUUUUCAAAAGUUCAGAAUAUCCACCAUUUGCCAUUUUUACUGCUGCUUUUGCAACAAAUAAAGAUGGAAAGAUAUAUUAAGAAUUCGUGUUAAGUGCUUUGUAAGCAAUUAUAAUUUUUCAUUAGAACUUGUCUUCUGUCUAGUAUUUUUCCUUAGGUAUUUAAUAUUGACUUCAAUUAUUUGUAAGCCAAAUUUCCUUACUUUUGGGGAAAAUGGUCCUAAAGAUAAUACUCCUGCUGAUGAAUUUAAAGAGUUGUCAAAUUUAAUAUAUAGAAUACAUCCAUUGGGAGCAGCUAUGGUAUUGUUUAAAUUAAUGCGAAUGAAAACCCACUACUGUUGGUCAUGUAAAUUAAAAGAUUAAAGUCUUCUGAAAAUUCUUUAAAUUCACUCAAUUUCAUGAAUGUCUCUUUGCAGUUUUGCAGAGUUUCCCAAAAAUGCAGGGGAAGAUAUUCAGGACACUUUGAAAAUAUAAUGUUUUUUUAAAUUACCGGUAUUCAUUUGUUAGAAACUCAACUAACUCUCUUCUCUCUAGCUUGCUUAUCCCAAAUAUAAAAAAGCAAGGGGAGACAUUUUCUUAGCACUUUGAGUAAAAUAUUUGGGAGAGAGAUGAUCUGUCUGUGUUGUCCCUUUCUUUCUGUACUCUGUGAAACAGAAUAACUCAAAUAAAAGUUGCCAACUAAUAGAUUUUAUCAA